GCGACGACUCUUUGUACUAGCAUCUCGAAGGCUAUGGGCAAGACUAGCAAGACUCAAAAUAAACGCGCAGUUCUUGGUCCACAGGAAAUCCGCAGGAGCGCAGCCAAAUCUUCUUCAAAGAAGAAGCAAAAGCAGCGCUUCAGGGAACAGAUCGACCAAGCUAGACAUGCUCUUGAUUCGAAUGCUCGAACACUGUACGAGGUGCGUUGGAAUCUAAUCCCUCGGUGAUCAGACCGGGAAGACCGCCAUUCGGUCUUUUUUCAUGAUUGAAAUCAUGUGGAUUAAAUUUGGCUUCUCAAUGCUUACAAACAUAUUUUCCAGGCCAUCGGGAGACCUACGGCCUUGCACUCCAAUCGACCUCCUGCAGAUGAAAUAGAUCAUGUAAAGGCUCUCACCGAGACCAUCAUGAGCCUUUGAUCCAUAUCGCGUGCGAGGAUUCUUACUCAUGGUCUACAUGUUCAUUGAAUGUCUGUAUUGUAGGACCAUCAUAUCUCGCAGCCUCUGCAUCGUACUGCACAUGAACAAGACAUGCGUGUUCAUACACGCUUAUCUUUGUAUGCAUGUCCUUCAGAGACAAAUUCAAAAUGAUGACUGUGACAAGGUAGAGCUUUCGACUAUUUAUCAUUUCUGGUGCCUGACUGUUAUUGACUUUGGUUGCUUGUUCAUAUCAGAUGCGAUGAAGAGUCGUCACCGUCAGGAAGACAACUUCGUAUUACCUUGCCCGGGGGACAUGAAUGAAUCAGUUGUGUAGUCUUACGCGCAUACCGAGUUACUUUUUGUUGCGUCCGCAAAAUGUCUGAGAUGAUCUAAAUGUCCAAAUAUCACAAACAAAUAUUAAUUUCAC